GGAGCGGACGGACCAUGCGCUGAGGGAGAAAAAGCAGCUUGCUCUGUGGCUAUGUCUACACCGUUUUACCAUCGUCCUUUUCCGAACGGCGUAAAAAAACUCUCUAACGUCCCUUCUACCCCGACCAGGACCCAUUCGUCCUAGCGGCAUGCUAUUUCAGGCCGGUUCGUUUUCUGAUCCAUUGUUAGGGCCACUCAAGCCCAAAGAAUGACUUCACAGCGAGCAAGCCUCACAGCCUCGUUCCAGCGGAAGUACGCUCCCUGUAACGUCGUCUCGUCGUUUCGCUUUCUCCAGAAACGAACGAAACGUCUCCCUUCCGACACGCAACUUUGUUCUGCUCGGACUGCUUCUACCAGACGGAUUACAUAGGACCUGUUGGAGCAAGCACUGAUUUCGGACUAUCCUGCGCCGUACUAGAUCGUCGCUCGUCUUUGUAAUGCGCACGACUCUUGUCAACGAAGCUGUUGCCUGCUGCAAAAUCAUCCGUAUCCACGACCUACAGGCGCAUCGACCCCUCUGCAGAUUCAGCCAGGAGCAGUGCAAAGGCCAGCGCGCCCACCGAUAAACCGCUAGCCAUUCCUAGACUUGCCCAUAGCAUGUCAUAAACACCAUUGACCUUUAGACUCUGCCUCUUUCCUCAAUCUUUGCUUCUUUGCACACACGCACACACACUCUCUCUCCAUCUCUCUCCCUCUCCCUCGCUCUCUCUCUCUCUCUCUUCUCUCUCUCUUUCUAUUUCUCACAUCAGCAAUGGCUGGGCCAGGAGGAGGACCGUCCCGACGAAGUCAUACGAAGUCGAGAAAGGGCUGUAAGACAUGUAAGCGAAGGCAUAUUCGAUGCGACGAGACAUUUCCACAAUGUCGCAAUUGCACAAAGCAUCAGGUCCGCUGUGACUACAUGGACAGUCCAGCCCCUGGAGACGCUGGCAUGAGUUUGUCCGGUCAAGCGAACGUACUUUGGACACCAGAUGUCUCCAGAGCGGUCGAUCAGUGGCAGUCCACUGGACAAUUUCCUUUUCCGGAUCUUCAGAUCUACCCUCAACCGCAGUGGCAGUCUCUGGCGAGAGACGACCUACGUCUGAUCUACCACCUUUUAUCAGUGUGCUCGGAGAUGGUGCAGAGCAGAACCUCGAAACUCACUAUUUGGACUGAGCUUUUGCCAAGGUUCAUGGGAGUCGCCGCUUCGUACCCGUUUGUGAUGCACGCUAUUCUCGCAUUUUCUGCAAACCACCUCGCUUGGAUCUCCCAGUCUGCGGAAACCCGAACGAUCGCCUCGGCGCACGGUGCAACAGCCAUGAAGGGACUGCACGAGGCUACUUUGUCCUUCUCCAAGAGCAAUGCAGACGCUGUUCUUGCAUCUUCCUUGCUGCUGAGUUGGCAGUCCACGGAUUGGCGGGGCUGGGCCUCGCUUAUGCUCAACAUCAGAAAUCUGCUGAAUGAGACACAGAGCUGGCCGGAACAGUCGUCAAUAGCGGAACUCAUUGAGCAGCAAGGCCUAGCUGGACCGUCGACUUUUGCGAAUGAAGCAACCAUAUUCAGCCCAGAGGGAAGACAGGAACACUUGAACACGCUGCACAAGAUCACAGCUGCACUUGUGAAGCUUCAACCGUAUCUGGCGACAUGUGAGCAGGAGUCGAGAUGGAUAGAUCAACUGGCUGGCUACAUCGAACGACUACGUACCUCCAACCCGCCGGUGAAUUCAGAAGAACAAUUUGCUCAGCUGUACGCCUUACGAAAGUGGCUAUUCUGGAUGCCAGUGACCUUACUCUCCUCGAAAAAGGGAGACAUUUUCACGCUUCUCGUGCUUUCACACUUCUAUGCUACCGCCCUAGCCAUUGAGCCAAUGUUCCCAAACAUAGGGGGCCCGUUUCUGGCCAACUUAGCUCUCCCUUCUCUCGAAGAGCUUAUCAGAAUCAUGAAUACCGUGCAAACAUCAAAUAACUUCACAUCCAUGACACAAGCAGCGGCCAUGAUGAUGGAGUUCCCGAGAGAUGUCCUGUCCAAUUAUCGGGCCCAUCGAGAUUGGUCCCAUGCUCAAUCCCCUGGCAGCAUGCAACCUCAUCCUUACACGAUCGAUGCACUAAACCUCGAUUUGGGUCAACACCUCGCCGAGUUUGGUUACAAUCAAAGCCUGAGUCCUGCAUUUGCACCUUCGCCACUCCAUAUGAGUCCACCAAACGUCCUUCCUGGACAAGGAUCACGCUCACCGUACCUCGAAGUGCCGCGCACAGGAUCGGUGGAUAUGUUGUAUAGUGGUACAGGGAGUAACUAUUCGUCACCAAUGACUUCUCCAGCGAUCUUCAAGCAGGAGGAAGAGAAUGUAUUCAACUUUGGUAUGCCGUUUGGGGGAUAUAGCAAUGGCGGGUUCGUGUUGGCUCCCACCGCGACCAUUUUCUAGCAGCUAAGACGAGGGUUUCCAGAGCGGUGCCAACCUUAGUAUCAAAUGACGAUUCGGUGGGCAAAGGCAAAGCUGCCCGUAGCCCAAAUCACUCGAACACAUACCCCCCCUGAGAAAUCAAAACACAAGCUUACGAUGGGCUUCACGACAAUUUUCGAGCUUCUCACGGGGUCCAAAAAAAAGCCUUGACACUGUCGCCGUCAAACACAACCACUCCGAACUGUAUCAGAGAGCGUAUAUUCACUCAAUCUUUAUGACGUUACGAUCAUGACCACAGCUGGACAUAACACGCAGUAACCACCCUCGUUUCCUUUUGCAGGAUACCCAAAACGUUCCAUGUACGAUAUUCUACUGGCGGAUGCAGGAAGUGAGAGUUUUUUUUUCAAUUCGCGUUUACGGUUGCAUUUCUCUCGUUGCGUUGCUGGGCGGCUGCUCUCAGGGGGCAUGCCCAAAAGGAGGUGAUGAUAGUGUGCAUCCGUUUCCAGGUGGAUUGGUUUCGCACAUGGGGAUGAAAUUCAACUUAAAAGCGCCCUUCCAACAUGUUUUGGCUGCUCGUAGUGUGUUUUUGGCCUGAUUAGACCCUUUUCCAUCCUCCUCUUCUCCUUUACGGUCAGCUUUACUAGUCUAUAUUAAUAACGAACUCGUUUCUUUUAGAAACAAAAUUUAAUGGCAAAUGCUCGUCGCGCUGUG